AUGGUUCAAAAGGACACUGACCUUCUCCCACCUCCAUUGCUCUCGCACUUAAGGAAAGCUUUACCUGGAGUUAUCCAGCGCUGCACAGCUGUCAAGUACCACUAUACCUCCUCCUCCCUCCCCCGCAACUUACCCAUCAACAUCACCAACACUAUCCGGCAGGACGAAUGGCAUGCACUCCAUCUGCGGAGGAUGACAGCUGGUUUCAUUGGCAUGGCAGUCUCUAUCAUUCUGUUUGGAUGGAUCAUUGGUGUGCUAGGCUGCUGUAAACAGCACGAGCUCAUGCAGUAUGUGGCAGGGCUGCUCUUCCUCAUGGGAGGUACGUGCUGUAUCAUCUCACUCUGCACUUGCGUGGCUGGGAUCAAUUUUGAAUUGUCUCGCUAUCCUCGCUUUGUAUAUGGGCUGCCAGAGGACAUCAGCCAUGGCUACGGCUGGUCCAUGUUCUGUGCCUGGGGUGGCCUAGGACUUACUCUUCUGGCUGGAUUCUUCUGCACAUUAGCUCCAUCACUCACCCCUUCUCAUGCAUCUGUACAGAAACCCAGACAGGAAAAUGGGGCUGUGUGACCACAGAUGAGAAAAGAGACUCUCAGAAGCACAGCCUAGGCAAAGCUGGGGGUUAACACCAGUGUGGAGAUGAUGGUGGUGAAACAGCUCUGGAACAAAGGAAGCACAAAGCCUUGGCAUAGGCUUGCCUUGUGGUUCUACUACACAACUCCUGUGUUGGACACUGGUGCUACAAAGAACCCAGGUUGUAAAUUCUUGUUGAAUUGCUCCUUGGUGUUGUAAGGGGAACAGUUUUGCUUUUAUACAUGAGGGAUUAAUCCCAAGGGUUUUCCAAGUCCUGUCUGCACCCCCUUUGUCCUGUUUGUGUUCAGUUGUAAGGGAUGUUGUCCCUUGGUGCAUUGCUCCAGGUCUGUGUAACACUGACCAAAUCUGUGGACAGCUAGGACAAAAUAUGUGGCUGACCUGUCUGCAGCUGAAUAUCCUUGGCUCAGGUCUUUACUUCCCCAAGAAACUUUGCAGUCUAGGCAGAAUAAAUAAUCCAUCCUGCACUGAUUCAGCUACAGCAGAAAAUUAUACUGUGCCACUUUCAAGGCUGUUUCUAAGAGGAGCCUGCUAUCGAAGAUGCAGCAAAAAUUGGUCUUCAUCUGCCCAGAGUAAAAUUCAAGUAAUUUCUUUAGCCAAAUGUGUAUGGCCCAAGCUGUGCAAGCAGUAGAUAAGCUAUAUAUGAAUGUACAGAGCUCACUUCAGGGGGUACAAAAAGACACUAAGAGUAUAAGCUGUGCCCAUCACUGUCACUCACCCUGAAAAUAUUCCCCAUAAGGUAGAGCUCUAGCUGUGUUACAAAAACAAAGUCAAUGACUGACAGGUUUGAGCUGCUGGGAUCAGGUUCACUUACUUGAGUGACUCCUGUUCACGAGGAAAGAGCUUCCUUCCCUGCAGAAAGAAAUGGAGUGGGUGGCUGUUCCUGUCUGAGCUCUGAAGGAGGUACAGUUCAGCCAUAAUGGUGAAAGUACAGAAACCUGAUGCACUAGAGGAUUUGUGAAGCUUGGCUUAUUCAUCCCAUUCCUCCUCCUGUACACAGUAAUGUCUAAUACACAGCCCCUUUUGCUCCUAUGUGUUCUGCUGCAACCAGCAAGAACAGAGUAAGCUCCUUCUCGGAACAGGCAGGGGGGGUAAGCAGUGAGUAACCUGCAUGAGUCUUAGGGUUAACUUAGACAUGUUAGCCAAGGUUCUGGAGGGUACAGUUUUCUUCCAGCUAUCUUUUUCCCUUAUAUCCCCUCCCACUUCUCUCCCAGCUCCCAAAAGCUGCACAGAUACAGACUGGCCAGUAGUUGAUGGGGAUGUUCGCAUUGUAUUUCUGAUACAAUUCAGUGGCAUGUAAGAUGUUCAGUGCUAAAGUCAGUGUAUUUAUGAAAAGUAUCAUUUUUCAAUGGAAGUUGUGAUUCUCAACUGGCAUUAAAGUACUGACAGGCUUGUUUACUGGACUAGGCUGUGAGCACUGACCCUUUAAUUAUUACAGUCUGAUUUCUGCCACUGCCUCUUCCAGAAGUGAUCACCAUUCCCUCAGCCAUACACAACAUUCACUAGAGGGAGCACUUGCAUGUCAUCUACUAUGCACUACUCUUCCCUUGUAGCCACCUUUCUGCCUCUCCCUUGCAAAAUGAGCAGAGCUUCCUACUCAAAGGCUGCUGAGAACCAUCUGAAAUCAAAUCUUGUUGUCUUAGCUACAAUAUAUUGCAUUGGCCACACAGGUGAAAGGGGGCAGAUCUGCUGGGGACCUUGCUGCCU